AUGGUGGCGGUCAUGGUGGCGGACUGCACCUUCAAGCUGCAAUUCUCCAAACAACGUAAAGAAGAAGCAGACAUGUCCCCGGGCUGCUGAUGUUCUAGCUGCAUGAUGUUGACCAGCAUCACACUGACCACAACAUGACUUCUACUGAGCAAAGAAACAUUCUAUCUUCCCUCGUGUUGGAUCUCUGAAGGAGACGUCGGACGCUGCUCACAGACACAGGGAGGAUGAAGGUGAAGAUCCGUCAGUGGAACGGAGUGGCCUCCUGGCUGUGGGUGGCUAAUGAUGAGAACUGUGGCAUCUGCAGGAUGCCCUUCAAUGGCUGCUGCCCAGACUGUAAAGUGCCUGGGGAUGACUGCCCGCUGGUCUGGGGUCAGUGCUCCCACUGUUUCCACAUGCACUGCAUCUUGAAAUGGCUGAACUCGCAGCAGGUCCAGCAGCAGUGCCCCAUGUGCCGACAGGAGUGGAAGUUCAAAGAAUGAACCUGCAGAGACUCAUAGAGAGAGAGAGAGAGAGAGACCCUCACAGAGGCCUGUUUUCAUUUUUAUAUCAGCUGUAAAUAUCUACGUUUUUGUAUUCCUCCAUCUGAUGUAAUGCAACGGACAAUUGGAACCUAUUGUAUUCUGUUGGCAGAUUUAGUAUGUGAUUAAAUAAAAAACACAACAUCACAUGCACUGUAUGCCUGUUGCUUUGCACAGUACAUGUGAGUGACACAGUGUUUCAUCAGUAUGGUUGAUUGCCCCCCCCCCAACAAGCCCCUGGCAGCGGUUUUGAAGCAUAUGACCUGAAUGUGAGCGUGCUGCUGCUGAUUGAUCCUGACUUUAAUCCCUCUUGAUGAGAUUAACCAGAUUGUUCUGUGUUUCCAGUAAUAGGUCUCAAGAUGCUCUCAAUAAGCAGUUUGUAUCAGAGUUCCUUUGAAAUGGAACUGGAGAUUUUUUAUAUAUUUGAUCAUUUUGAUUCAUGUAUCCAUUCAGACUAACUUUUGUAUCCUUAAAGCUGCAAUAGUGGAGUUUCUCUUGGCCACUUGGGGGCAGUGGAGCAAGCUGAAACACAACAGUGAUGGCAAACAGUUGUCUAUUUAGCCGGGAUUCUACCAACCGACUUUUAGUCAGACUUUGGGUCUGCGUUUCCACUGUAGUCUAAAUACCUGUGAAGAUUGUGCUAAUUAGUCUGCUGACGUAUGAAAAAGCAACAUGACGUGUGACGAGGGCUGCUGGUGGUCUCAGCAGUUCAGUAUGCCCGCCUGUUUCAUCUAAAAAACACAUUGGGAAAAAACAACCCCCAGAAAAAAAUGUUAGGUUAAAAAGUUCUGUUUUGUCCCACUGCAACGGCAAUAUUCUAUAUUUACUGCUGCACAUUGGAUGUAAUGAAUGAAAUGCAGACGAGGGGAAUGAAA